UUCAAUAUGUUUCCCUCAAUUCGGUGAAAUUAUUGAAAAAAAACAUUGUUCAUUUUUUUGUGAAAUAAAUGCCUUUGGCUUUGUUCUUUUCCCAGAUUAAGCAGGUUCAAGAUGGAGGUCCUGAGUUGAAUUGCUGUACUUUUUUGUACCUAUGUCAUGUGGUGCCCUACUUGGGUCCUUGACAGCACUAUUAGGAAGCUCUAAUGAAAGACUUGAUGUUCAUUUUUGUAAUCUUUAGCAAUGUUGUCCUAAAUCUCCAAGUUUAUGGAAUAUGGGUCAAAAUUAGUGCAAGUCUCUAUCUGCAAACCUUGCAUCAGAAAAAUGCUCAUCUGGCUUUGUUCAAUUCUUGUAUAAUAUAAAGAUGUAGCAGGGCUUGUUAAUUGUUUUGAUGUGGAGCACUAGUGUAACCUAGUCUAAUAUUAUAGACGUGUUAUAGUUAUACAGGAUUCUUCCAAUCCCUAACGUCUAAAGGGGUUUGUGCAAAAACCGGGGGUGUUUUGAAAAUAUUGAAAUUGUAUUUAGUGAAGUAUUUUAUGGUUUAAAUUGAUCAUAAAGGUUUAUAUUCAUAUUUUACCAUGUAAGUGAAAAGUUAUUUUGCACAAAACAAGCAUUUAAUGCAUUAAAACACAUUAUUUACCUUUCCAAUAAAACGAAAGUUGACUGACACAGACAACAAUUAUGCCAAGCGGAACAACUCGACCCAAUCGUAAUAACUCGGCCACCUCUGACAAGCUUCGAGAUAGACCUCGUAAAUACAAUCGUAACAACUUGGCCAUGGCCGAAAUAUUCCGAUUGUUUAAAAAUUGUGCAUUGAAGCCUUGCAGGUGCCCUUCAUGUAUAUAUCGCUAUGUUUUGACAGGAAGAAAUGAAAAAACACAUCAAACUCAUAAUUCUUUGUAGGAUAUGACAUUUUUAUGGAUGGAACUGAUAUAAAAUAACAUAAUCUGGUAAUAUUUCUUGUUUUUAUGAUAUGUUUUAGAUGUUAAAUGCUUUAACCCGGAAUCCCGAUCGGAAUAACUACCCACUUUUGAUACUAAACAAUUUGUACGUGAAGGAUUUGCCAUAUCAAAAAAGUAAAUGAAUCCUGAAACGUACGAUUAUUUGGACUAUAGUGUAACGAUUCAGCCUUGUUUAUCCAAAAUGCACAAAUGUCGAUGCCUGUGAAUCACUGAAUGCUUACUUACACAAUCAUGCCAUAUUUCUAGAAAGCUUUCUACAGGAUUUUGGUCACAAAAACAGAAAUCAGAUGCUCAGACAUUUUUUUUUCUACUUCUAGAAGCAUUUUAUAUAAUAUAUAGUUAUUUCUUGUGUUCUACGGAAGGCUUUGAUGAGAAUAAUUAUGCUACAGAUCAUUACACAUCAUAGAAAAAUAUAAAAGGAAGAAAAUGCAAUAGGCUUACAAGUAACAUGUAUCUUCUUCAAAGUCAAUUUAAAAAAAAAUCUGAUUACAUUCAGAUGUGAUGACUUUUCAUUUUAAUAAAUCAAAUUUUGAAAUAUUUAAGAUCAGAUUAACUUGUGCAUGAACAUCAUAUUACAAUUUACCCCUGUACGAAGAAGUUUGUCCAUUUUUUUGUAUCUGGUUUGUCAGUUGAGCAUCUGUGGUCUCAUCAUAAUCUUGUAAGAACUUCAAUCUUCAUACAUACAUAAAGAUUACUAGUAAACAGUCAGAAAUUAUAUUGAGUUUGUUUCAGAUAAGUAACUGUGUACCACCUAAAAGAUGACGCAGCAUUUUGGAUCAGGCUUUCCUGUUCCCAGAAAUGACUUCACAAUGAUGAACAACAAUUACAUGCCUCAAAGAAAUAUAGUGUCUUUCACUGGUCGUACCGGCCAGUUAAAUGGACUGAGAUCACCACAGAUUCUACACAACACAGCUAGUCAACCCAAUGCUGAUCUUUCACCAAAUAACAUAGCAGAACCUUUACUUGUGCAAGGUUGCAGCGCCACAUGGCAGCAUGUUGUGCCACAGAGAAUGCCAUGGCAGACUACAGCGCCUCUUGUUCCAAACCAACUGGGUAUUAAUGUAUUCACAGGCAGCAGUACCUCAACCAUGUGUUCCAUGGCAUUACCCAGCACCCCCACAGCAAGUUGCACUGCCCUGACUUACAAUUUAGGAGAUCCUGUGCCUUCCUGCAGUGGAUUUGUAAACAGACCAAAGAGGAGACAUCCAGUGGAAGACAACGAAUUGAGUCCAAGUAGCAAAAUCCACCUCACAGAGGAGAAGAUUACCAAUCACCUUCAGGGCCUCCGAAUACACGCAACGUCUCCACCACUAGGGCACACCGGGGCCUCCCAUGCACUAGGCAAUACACCUGAUAUAAUAACUGCUGCAAAUCAAGAGAACCAACAGAACAGCUCCUGCUACCAGCAGUACCAACAGCAGCAACAGCAGCAGGACUUCAGUCAGGGCGGGUACCUCACUACUCAAUGGCAGAACUAUCAGGAUCUUGAAAACAGGUUGUCUUUGAUGGAUGAAGACCUUCUAGAUGCAGAGGAAACACCUAUGUCAAGUGGAAGCACGCAGCCCCGUCUGCACGUGAACAUUGACAGUUUACCGCGUGCCAUUGAAACUCGACCUGUAGUGCCAAAAGCAAUCCUCGAUAAAAUAAUGAAUCCAUGUCGUGAUUUGGUGUUAUGGAGCGCUCCAGGGAAUAAAUUACAGGAGAAGACUGAUGAGAAGGGGGACAGCGAGGAAAAUACAGUAGAUUCUGCAGCCUGCAAGGCAGAGUCUGGUCUCCCUGGGCAAGCUGGGAUUGAAGUCUCUGACAUGGCAGAUGACAGCAUGGAAGUUGAAGCGGAAUAUAUAGAUGAGGAUUUUGACUUGUGACCUUCAUUUUGACAAGAUGUGAAUUUUGAUGACUUAAUGCAGCCUUCACAUUGAUCAUUUAAUGUGGCCUUGACCUUGAUGAUUACAUUGUGAGUAGAUUGACCUUCACCUUACAAAUGGGACAGUGCAGUAUGCCUCUCUCAGACAUACUGUCAGAGAACAGGGACAGAGCAUUAAUAAUGGAAACAAAUGGUGCCAAUACCUAGUCAGUUAAUUGACUAUGUCAUCAAUAUGUAACAGUAUGGUUGUGAAUAGCAGUUUAUGAAUGAUUGGAAAGAUAUCGCUGCUGUGUAUGGGCUGGAAGAGACUGUCAGACAUGAGGUUAAUGUCAGUGAAUGAGCGCAGUUCUCCAUAAAAUGAGGUGAACUUGAGUGUCAGAGAGCAUGGUUAGACUGAAGUUUGCUGAAGCUUUCAUGUAAUGAUAGCAUAGCAAGCGCUGUUGGACAACAUUCUGAGUGGCAUUUGUGACUUAAGUGUUUAGUUUAGUAUGGUUUAGAGUUCAUUUAUUUUUAAAUGUGAAAAGUUGUGUCAUUUUGUAUAAAUGUUGACAUCCCAAGAAUUUUUGUCUCACCUAUUUGGGAAGUGGGCCAGGACCCUUCAGAUUGUGAAAAUAAUGAAACUAAAUUGUGAAUAAGCCAGAUUUCGAAUUUUUAAAAAAUGCUAGAAAUAGGAUUUGAUAUACCAUGUCUUUUUGCUAACAGUUAUAAAAUCUACACCUAUAUAAAGGAAUAAACAACAUUCCAUUAAUAAAAUGAUGAAGGAAAAUCAUGUAGAUCACAGUUGUGAAUUUUGCUACCACUUUUGUGGUCUUAAAAAUCAUUUUAUGAUUGUGAAUGGGUCCCAUGUUCAGCCCCAUUUUAGGUGAAGAAAAACCGAUAUAGAGUUUCUUUUGUUAAACUUGCAGAAGCUGUAUGCUAUGUGCUAAAAUGUUUUGUUGUAGAUCAACACAACCUGUAAGUUAUGAAAUGUGCAUGUUUUAUUAGGCUUGUAAUUGUAUGUUACAAUAAAUCUUUUAGAACAAGCUGUUUCCUCCAAAAUACACCAAGUGCAAAAAGGGUCAUGUACAUUUGUGUAUACAAAUAUAUAUAUCAAUAUGUCUCACUUAGUUAUUUAUAUUUUUUAAGGAGGACCUGGUGGAACAAAUGCUUAUCAUGACUUGAGAAUAUCAAAUGUAAUAAAGUGAUAAUUA